AUGAAGACACCACUCCUGUUGUCAGCAUUCUUCCUUCUCCUAUGCAUGUCGUCAUCCGCUCCUACGACGGCGCCCGCUGCGACAAAUGUAUAUACAUAUGCAUACUUCAACAACGACACUAUCUUCCUGUCGCCUCCUAACUACACCUCCCCAGGAACGUUGUACGCGCGGACAGUCCAGCUGGGCGACAAAUCGCUGCUCGCUACGUGGGAAAACUACUCGCCUGAGCCACCGAGCGUAUCAUUCCCAAUCUUCCGCUCGACCGACAACGGCGUAUUAUGGACCAAGAUCUCUCAGGUCGAGGACACCAGCGGCAACAACUACGGUAUGCGCUAUCAGCCGUUCCUGUAUGUCUUGCCACAAAACUGGGCCAACUGGACGGCCGGGACCGUCUUCCUUGCCGGCAACUCUAUUCCGACAGACCUCGGCUCGACGAAUCUGCAACUGUACGCGUCGCGCGAUGGCGGCUGGGGCUGGGAGUUUGUCAGUAGCAUUGCUAAGGGUGGCGAGGCUGUACCUGACAAUGGGCUGACGCCGGUAUGGGAGCCGUUCUUGAUGCUGUAUGGGGCGACAGACAACGACAGCAGCAACAACAGCCAGAAUAGUAACGGCCAUGACGGUGACACACAAGACAUUCUGAUUUGCUAUUACUCAGACCAGCGAGAUCCCGCAUACGGCCAGAAACUCGUACAUCAAACCACCACCGACGGAAAAGUGUGGAGCGACGUCGUAACCGACGUGGCAUAUCAAAACUACACCGAUCGACCGGGCAUGCCGGUUGUCGCUCCGAUAAGCGGGAGCUCCAAGCCUGAAUACAUUCUGACCUACGAGUACGGUGGUGGCCCUGUCAAUGGCGUACUCCCCGUCAACUAUACCUUCCCGGUCUUCUACAAGAUCAGCUCAGACCCGACACAGUUCGGCCAAGUGGAGGGGCUUCCUGUCGUGGCGAAUGCGAAUGCGAAUGGGAACACCAGUCUAAAUGUACCCACCGUGCCAACCAGCAGCCCCUACGUGAUCUAUGAUGAAAAGAACGACUUGAUCAUCGUCAGUUGCGGCACGCUGAGUCAAGUCUUUGUCAGUCAGGCUGGUGCUGCCAGGAGCGAAGACAUUGGGACCUUGGUCUGGGAGAGCAGAGAUACGGGUGAACAGGUCAGUUACUCGCGAAGUCUGAAUCUCAUCUAUUUGGACGAUUCGGGUCGCGAGUGGACCAGUAACAGUGGUAGGGAUGGUAGUAGUAGUAGGGCUUUGCUCAUUGCCGGUGGAGGAAUGUUGCCGUCUUCGCAGACUCCGGGCCAGCGCAACACGGUCACUGUCGGAUUGGUGGAAGUUGCUUGA